CGUAUCUUAACGGUGAACGCCGAGUUCUGAAACAAGCGCACUAGCGGAAAGCUUUAGCUAGCUAAAUAACGACCAUCGUCACCACCAAAUGGCUUUAAACGUCAACGACAGUAAUAGUCAAAUGAUUGCUAGCUGAAAGCAGAUUUCUAGGUUCUGAGAUAUUUUAGUGAAAGUAACAUUAUAUUUAGCUCACCUCUACUUUGAACUGGGUUCCUAUCGUUAGACAGCUUACUGGUGACAUCAGUUGUGCUGUUGUGGUGAAUCAGGUGAGAAGCGACAUGUCCGAGUCCGGCCACAGCCAGCCCGGGAUGUACGGGCAGGGACGCAGGAGGAGGAGACGCCGAGGAGACAGAGAUGCUGGACUUCCUGGGCAAAAUCUGUCCGGUCCCAGUAGGGACCGAGAAUAUCAACCGAGAGAACGAAGGGAUGGGAGCGAGGAUCCACCAGGCCCACUUAUUCAGAAGACCCCCAUCAUUCUUGCAAAACCCCCUGGGGAAAGGGCCAAGCCGUCACAGAAUGCACCUGUCAGUGGAGCUCCAGUCCUGGAGAAGCCCAUCAUGUUAAUGAAAGCCCGGGACGAUGGAGGGAAGCCAGGGACCCCUCCCGAAGCAGCAGCUCAGCCCUCUGGUCCUGGGCCCUCCAAGAUGGAGAGGGAAGGGCAGCGACCCACCCAGCCUGUUUACCAGAUCCAAAACAGAGGAAUGGGUGCAUCUGCAUCAAGCAGCGCUGUUGACCCCAUGGUGGGCCAGUCUAAACUCCUCCCUCCGGAGAAGAUGAAGCACAGCAUUAAGCUUGUGGAUGAUCAGAUGAAUUGGUGUGACAGUGCCAUGGAGUAUCUGAGGGACCAGACGGAUAUGUUGGUGGUGGGAGUCAUUGGCCUGCAGGGAAGUGGGAAAUCUACAAUCAUGUCACUGUUAUCUGCCAAUACUCCAGAGGAAGAUCAAAGGGGCUAUGUAUUCAGAGCCCAGACUCAAGAAAUCAAGGAAAGAGGAGGAAACCAGAGCACAGGCAUUGAUUUCUUUAUUACACAGGAGAGAGUCAUCUUCCUGGAUACACAGCCCAUGCUCAGCCCAUCUAUUCUCGACCACCUCAUCAACAACGAUCGGAAGUUGCCUCCAGAGUACAACCUCCCUCACACAUAUGUUGAGAUGCAGUCUCUUCAGAUCGCUGCCUUCCUGUUUACAGUGUGCCAUGUGGUUAUUGUGGUUCAAGACUGGUUCACGGACUUAAACCUCUACAGGUUUCUUCAGACUGCUGAGAUGCUCAAACCUUCCACUCCGUCUGCAAGCCAUGACAGCACUGGCUCUUCAGGCAAUGACGAUGGAGCAGAGUACUAUCCUCAUAUAGUGUUCCUCCAGAAUAAGGCCAGGCAGGAUGAUUUCUGCCCAAGGAAUCUGAAGAAUAUGCAUAUGGUGGUGGACAAAUUAAUGGCCCACUCUCAUCUCAAAUACAAAGGUAAAUUAUCCAUGCUAGACUGCAGUAUCUUCCCUGGCUUGGGGCAGGACUAUUUGGCAACCGAAGUCAACAUGUUCCUCCUCCCUAUGCAGGAGAAUGAUGGCGAGGAUAAUCUCACUAAAGCAGGGUCGGGAGCAUACCCACUCUUCUCUCUGCUCCCGGGGUACAGAGGACAUCCUGCCUUCUCCACCAUGGUUUCAAAACUCCGCAGCCAAAUACUGGCCAUGCCCCGCUGUCAGCUGUCACACACCAUCCUCACUGAGAAGAACUGGUUUCACUACGCAGCGCGUAUCUGGGAUGGGGUGAAAAAGUCCUCGGCCCUCUCCGAGUACAGCCGCCUACUCUGCUAACACCUUGGAGGAACUGCUGUCAUAUCCAAUAGCAGUUGAAGCUGUUAUGUCCAAUAAUCAGGACACAUAAAGAAUAAUUGUGGCUCUGAAAGUGGAGAUGGUCGUUUGCACCCUACAUGAGGGACAAGUGAAACUGGAAGCCCGUUCAGUGGUGAAGAGUCUGAUAUAAAGCAGGACACCUUUCUGCAGACUUUGGCGGGAAUGAAAACCUGUGGACUCUUGGCACUCCGUGUCAGAAAGUGGUGUAUCCUGCCAUGUUGAACAGACACAGCUGAAGCCUGUACAGCAGUGGUGAGAAAGAGAGAUGAAACCAGUUGUCUGCACACGUGUAAGCAAAAUGUGACAGUUUUUUAUUUGCAAGCCAUUAUUGUAAUUGCAGUUUUGGUUUACAUGUUUUCUCAGAUUAAAAUAUAUAAUUCUUUUUUUUUUUUAAUUUCCAUUUUUUUUUUCAUUGCACUCUUCUAUUACAGCAGGAUGAUAUCUCCACUGGCAUACUGUUUUAAAAUCUUUUGCAAGAUAGAGACUAUAAAACCUACCUCAGCAGGACAAUAACAGGCUAUUCACAUGCCAUGUAGCUUUCGUUUCCCCUAAAAGAACUCAAACCUGUUUGAACUUGUGUUUUAUUAUAACGGCCUUCAAUAAAAAGAAGAAGAAAUGAAAAGGGUUGGUGCUAAAGAAAUGAAACUGAAGGGUUUGUGCUGGUAGAAAAAAAACUGUUGAGUCACACCUGAUCCCCACUGCCAGAUGAACAGACAUGCAGCGGUUGCAUUGGGUUUCCAUGAUUAACUAAAAUUCUGCAACAACAAAAUGUCCCUGCUGGCACCAGUACAAUUGUAUCUAAUGCAUGACAUUGGAUUUUGGCUGAUAUGCCCAUGUUUUCCAAUUCAAUUUGGCUAAUUGCUGAUAUAUGCUCAUAUAUUCUCCACCUAAUUGCAGAGAACAUCAAGCGUCAUAUCAGCAGAAAUUUUCAUUUGGGGCCGAUGCAGAUAUUUCAAUUUAAAGUCUUUAGCUGCAGAUAUAUGAAAUGUCAUAUUUUGACUGCCUUUGUCAGGGAGCUGAGGUCAUCCUGAGACAUCUCAAACUAAAGCUCAUACCAAUAAUUGUUUUAUAAGGGAAAUUUCAUAUUCAUAAAGCUAAAUUGGUCAGGGAAAAAAAGUACCAGAUACACCAGGCUAGCACUGAGAGGCUCAGAAGGAGCUUCUACCUACCUUUUUGUGUUAUUUUUAUUAUUUAUGUUACCGGUACUUAACUUUUUUAUUGAUAUUUUUUUGUUAAUUAGUGAAGUGAGCCAUGACAAGUGACACUAGAUCAAAUGGAACAUAAUGCAUGGGUGACAUGACAAGGUUAAGAAGGAAUAAAUAGUUUUUCUGGCAGGUA